UACGGAAGCGCUCGUCUGCCAUGCAACCGUUGACGUCUUUUUGGACGCUGUUCAUUGAUAACAAAAUACUGCAGCUGUUGAAGUAUCGAGUAAGAGAAUUUGUGUUGUUUGUUUUAAACAACAUUGGCGUUCAUUAAGCGUUUUAGGCAACAAUGAAACCGUCCUUGGAGUCAGACGAGGAAGAGGAAUUAGGAGCACUGCAGAAGACGCUGAGAGAGCGAGCCAACCGCAGUAUCCAGCAUCUGUCCAGCAUGUUGGCCGGCCACAGCUCUGACUCCGAGACGUCAGAACCAAACCAGCAGGAGUUGCUCAGUUCUGUGCAACAAAACCCUUGUUCUCCAGUUCAGCAGAGUGAAGCAGUCAGUCAGCUGCGUUCCUUGCUUCAAAUGAAGACCAAGGAUGCCAAUAUUCAAUCACUUUCCCCUUCCAGAAGGAAACUGGCAGCAAAGAGAGCCACAGAUGAUGGCAGUAGCAGUCAGCCUGGUGUUCAUAACUUGGUUCCCAUCAUAAACAACCAGUCUGAGUACAUUCAGCACCUGGAGGCUGAGGUCAAGUUCUGCAAGGAGGAGCUCCUGGAAAUGAAGCAGAGAGUUAGAGUGGUGAUCGUGGAGAAUGAGAAACUACACCAUGAGCUGAAAGCAAAGACGAUUGAAGACACGCUUAAAGAAUACACAUUUGUUGAUAGCACAUUAAACAUGGAACACACAGCAGAAAACACUUUAAAGGAAAGACUAGGUUCUGUUAAUCAAGCGGAGGACCACAAGUGGAGGAAAGAAAUGGAGCAACUGAAGUGUCUCUAUCAAGCACAAACUGAGACUCUGGAGGCUCAAGUGGUCUCCCUGAAGAAAGACUUGGCCUGCAUUCAGAAGGAAUAUGAGGAAAGUAAAGAACGACUGAGGCACAAAGAAGCAAUGGCUGUGGCGGCGGGCACUGGUCAGCGUGUGAGUGGUCUAUGUCUGAAGUGUGCCCAGCAUGAAGCAGUUCUAGCAGAGACACACACCAAUGUUCAUGUACAGAGCAUUGAAAGACUCACUAAAGAGCGAGAUGAGCUGAUGACCGUUCUCUGCUCUCUGAGGGCCAGUCAGACUGACGCCCAGCAGAGAGAAUGGGGAGCCUAUCAGCAGGUCAAACAGGCAGUAGAGAUGGCAGAAGAGGCCAACCUGGAGAAGACAAGAGCGCUGGUGCAGUGUGAGCAUUUUCACAAUGAGCUGACUAGACAGAGAGAGAGACUGGAGAGAGAGCUGGCAUCUGAGCAGGACAAAAUCUCUCAGGCCAGGGAGGCAGCGCGUUCAGAGAGCAAGAAAGAGAGGGAAGAACUCAUGCAGACUCUGAGCAGUCUGUCUCAGAAAGUGGCUGAAUUGCAGGGUCUGUUGGAUAGAGGAGAAAGAGAUCGAAACUCGCUCAACAGUCAGCUGGAAGAAGCUUAUAAAAAGCUUACCGUACAAGAAACUGACAGCAGCAAGAUGUGUGCAGAGCUGCGCUUUCUGUUGAGCCAGGCCCAGCUGAAGAAAGAGGAGGCAGAGAGAGACGUGAGGGACAUCAGCUCCAAAUUAGGCCGCCAACUAGAACUGGCAGAGCAGGAAGUACAGAAGUUGGGUGUGGAGCUGAGCGGUUACCGGCAGCGUUUGGAGGAGGCCCAGAGGGCAGAGGGCCGAGCCCGGGCGGAGGCAGCAGGCCUGGCUGAGGGGCUAAGCCGCGCCCAGCGCCAACUGCACCUCACCAGGCAGGAGAAGGAGGCAUCAGAACGCUGCUGUGGUGAGGACAUGGCCGCUCUGACCUUCCAGGCACAGCGGCGCGAACGUGAGCUGACACAGACGCUCCAGCAAAUGGAGGCGCAGCACGAAAAGAGUGUCAGAGAAACAGAUGCUCUGCUGAGUGCUCAGAACAGCCUGAUCAGGAAACUGAAGGAGGAAUGUCACACACUCGGGGCAAAGCUGGAGGAACUGGCUCAGAGCAGCAGAGCAGAGAUGGAGCAGUUGUCUCUGGAGAGAGAGCACCUGCAGGAGAGCGCUGAGAAGCUGAGAGGUCGCUGUGAGGAGAUGGAGGAGCAGUGUGUGCAGCAUGGGAGGAUGCAUCAGCGCAUGAAGCAGAGACUGCAGCAGCUGGACCAGCACUGUCAGGCCAGCUCUCAGCAGGUGCUGCAGCUCCUCAGCAGACAGAAGCAGCUCAUGCAGGAGCGUCAGCAGCUCACUGAAGACCUGCACAGCCUGAAAAGCCAGGUGCAUGCUGGGAAGAGAAUGGACAGGCUGGCUGUGUGAGGGGAUCAAUUCUGUGCUUAUACGUUUACUUCUGCCAAAGUGAGACGCAAUACACAUUUUGAAAAUAUACUUCAGCUUGAGCCACAGUGCACUUAUUUGAAUACAUUUAAAAGUAGGUAUGUGGAGUCAUAACUGUAUGACUAAUCCCACAAGUCAUUUUAGCGCACAAUUACAUGUGUCUUAAUGUAAAUAGUUAUGUAUCUUCAUGUGUUCAUUUUUAUUUCAUUAAAGGUUCUGGCCAGGGUCAUUGAAGUUGUA